GUUGUAGAUAAGCGAUAAGAUUGUAUGACGUUGUGUCAGUCACGGGCGAGCUUGUGAGCUUGUCGGCAACAACGAAACCAAGACGCGUGAGACAUUGAGGCUUAGCAAGAAUCUUGGCCACAGGUGAGUUUUGCAACUUCCGAAGCUUCCAUGAUUAAAUGAAGUGCGCUGGUGGGACCGUAGUACAUUCCAUUUCGUGCAGCAUAGAAGCUUCAAAGCGUGUUUACUGCAAUACUGAGACUCCGUAAUUCAGCCAAGCUUAAGUUACGACCUUGCACGCUACCCCAAGUGUUAGUAACCACAGCUGCCCAACACAUCAGGUUAUCAUUUGCGCUCUGCUGUCCUCAAGCAUAUCACAACUUUCUGCACUAAAAACAUCUUGGGCGUUUGAGACAAACAGAUAAGCACCAUGUCAAUACGGAUUGCUCUCGACGAACCACCUGAGUUCUACACGAACCUGGACUUCAUCCAAGGUCGGAUCAUCCUGGGGUUGAACAGACCAGAGGGCAUUGGGAACAUUGUUGUGAAACUAGAAGGGGAAUCUAAGACAGCCCUGGACAUGGGUGGCAGGAAUCCGAAUCUCACCAACUACAACUCAGCGCCUCUACCGUCAGAUCUCGCAACCGAAACGCACAAGCUGUUGUACCUUGUUGAGCAAGUCUACCCGGAUGGGAGGGCGGCGUCAUCCAUGGCCGUAGGCGCAACGCCUGGGGUCUUAUAUCCAGGUCAACAUGAGUUUCGAUUCAAGUUCAAGAUUCCAUUAAAUAAUAUUUGCAGUAACCCAAACGCGAUGGCAGCCUUGAAUGGAAUCGGUGGUAUUGGUGGUCCUAGUAAUAGUUCCAACUUCUUCGGGUGGGGAGGGUUUCGAACAAUGGAUGGCAGCAAGCAGCUCAUGCUUCAGCAUGUAAGAUCAACACUACCGCCCUCUCUAACUGGGUUUCCCCGGAAAGCAGAAAUUCGAUACUACAUCAAGGUCACCAUUCAAAGACCGGGUUUCUUCAAAGAAAAUUGGCGAUAUCAGCUCGGGUUCAAGUUUCUCCCAAUUGAGUCACCGAGGCCACCGGUGACAAAGCAAGAGGCUUUCGCGCGACGACCGUUCAUAUUCAAUCCUCGCACACCAGGACAAAUCGGCAAAAGGAAAUCAUCAUUUUUCAGUUCUAAAAGCUCACAAGUGGAGGACGUGAAUGCGGUACCGCCUUCCUUCGAAGUUUCAGCGCGCCUCCCACACCCGAGCAUUUUGACGUGUAAUCAACCGAUUCCACUUCGUCUAGUCGCCAAAAAACUCGUUGAAUCCCAGGAACAAGUGUACUUAACAGCUGUAGAGGUCGCGUUGAUCGGUUUCACCAACAUACGAGUUUUUGGUGUGGACCAUACAGAGGUUACUCGAUGGAUGGUCUGCACCGCCAACAAUCUCUCAAUACCUGUAGGAAAGGCAGAUGAUGUUGUAGAUACAGAGACCGUCUUGCCUGAUCAGUUUUGGGCGCACGGUCAACUGCCCAACACCGUAGCACCAUCAUUUACCGCUUGCAAUCUGUCACGCCGCUACGAAGUCGAGUUGAGAGUAGGUCUUAGCUGGGGCACGCCGAGCAAGAGCGGCAAGGCAUCAGCACCAUAUCCGCAAGUCGUCACCUUGCCUCUGAAGCUGUCAAAGGUAGAGGUGUUCUCAGGAAUCGCGCCGCCCAAGGAACUAUUACAAGCGGCCAGUAACAGGCCUCAGCCACCACCGCUUCCGCCACGAAUGUCAACAGCGCCGGCCGCUCCGCACGAUCCCCUCUAUCCGCCCCAGCUUGGCCAAGAUAAUGCACCACCAGACGACGACGCCCCACCUAGCUACGAUGAGGCGAUAGCACAGAAUAUCACAGGACCGCAGGAGCGGCCAGCAUACAGCGGGGUCACAGCGGAAAACGAUCCAAGCACUAUGCCUGCUGAGAAGUCUGGGUUGCACUGAGCUAAAAAGCUACAGAUAUUGGCACUUUUAGGGAUUAAUUACAUGCGACGAUGGAUGGAAGGUUGUUACGGCUCAAUUGAUUGAUAGUGUCGCGGAGCUGAAUUAUACCCCCUUACAAAUGUGGAUGAGUACAGUAAUUAAUUUGACAAAAUUUAAUGCUAGUUUUAUGAGCAAAACAGGAAGUGAAGU